AGCGGGUUUGGACGCCAAGCGGGUCCCCGGCUAUCGCGGUCGGCUGGUAGCAUGAGUGAAACUGAGAUCCAGGCGGGAGCCGCCUGUGACGCUCGAAACACGUUGUAGCUCCGCGUCUAGUUAAUCUUUUUGCUCAAUGUUCUUUGCAGGUUAAUGGUCCAAAAAAAGUUUUACGACUUCCUCCGAAAUUUUCGUGCUGAUUCUGUCUUCAAGUACCGCGAGGCUCUGACUCAAAACUACAGGCGUCACGAUUCGUUAGUGAUUGUGGAACUCGCCGAUGUUGCGGCCUUUGACACCGAGCUUCUAACCUCGCUUCAAAAGCGCCCAGACUUUCAGUUGCGUCUAUUUGAGGCUGCAGCACGCGAUGUCUUACAAAGAUCUGUCCUCCCAUCUAUCGAGCGUCAUCAUGCAUUUGACGUGCAGCUGGCUUUGCAGUCAACGCAGCUCUCAACACCUCUGCGCUCGCUGACUGCUGAACAUGUUGGGCGACUCCUCAAAGUAUCUGGGAUUAUUGUUAGUGCAUCCAAGGUCAGAUCAAAAGCAGUCAAACUCGAUAUUCAGUGCACAAACUGCGGGAAACGCCUUUCUCUGAACUGUGAGGGCGCCUUCUCACAUGCCACUCUUCCCAAACGAUGCGAUGCUGGUCAAGAGCAGGCAGAUUGUGGUCCAUCUCCUUAUGUCGUGAUUCCAGAUGGCUGUUUGUAUGUAGACCAACAGACACUGAAGCUACAGGAAGCGCCUGAGGCUGUUCCGACGGGAGAGAUGCCGAGGUCGACCCUAGUGGUCGUAGAACGAGGAUUGGUAGACCGGGCGUCUCCUGGCGCGAGGGUCUCAAUGCUUGGCAUGUUGUCGCUCUUUGAAAGGUCUGACACAUCACACAAUCCAGACGCAGCAGUAGCUGCUAUUCGAGUACCAUACUUGAAGGUAGUUGGCGUCGAGUUUGACACCAAUGGACAUGGAGACAAAGAACGGCGGUUUACUCCUGCAGAAGAGGAGCACUUUGUGGAACUCGCUCGACGAUCUGACAUUCAUAAUCUGCUCGCAGCAUCCAUUGCGCCCAGUAUACAAGGCGAAUACACUUUAGAUAUUAAAAAAGCACUCGCAUGUCAGCUUGUGGGUGGAUGCCGGAAGACUCUGCCUGAUGGUCUCAGGCUACGUGGUGAUAUUAAUGUUUUACUUCUCGGUGAUCCAUCCACAGCAAAGUCACAGUUUCUCAAGUUCGUGGAAAAAGUGGCCCCUGUUGGGGUGUAUACGUCGGGCAAAGGCUCGUCUGCUGCCGGCUUGACAGCAUCAGUAAUUCGUGACAAAAACAGAGAAUUCUUCCUCGAAGGUGGUGCGAUGGUCUUGGCCGAUGGAGGUGUCUGCUGUAUUGAUGAGUUUGACAAGAUGCGCGAGACGGACCGUGUUGCUAUCCACGAAGCUAUGGAACAGCAGACAAUAUCGAUCGCUAAAGCCGGGAUAACUACAGUUCUAAAUUCGCGCACCUCUGUGCUUGCGGCGGCCAAUCCAGUGUACGGCCGCUAUGAUGAUCUCCGCUCUGCAGCAGAGAAUAUUGACAUGAUGUCCACGAUUCUUUCCCGCUUUGACUGCAUCUUCAUUGUGCGUGAUAUCCGUGAUGAGAGCCGUGAUCUUUCCAUAGCAAAGCAUGUGAUGGGCGUUCACAUGAAGGCUUCGAACGCCUCAAGAUCGCAUCGGGGUGUUAAUACACAGCCUGGUUGCGCUUCUGCUCACGAUGCAGAUACGCUUGACCUUAAGUCACUGAAGGAGUUUGUCGCUUAUUGCCGUGCUAAAUGUUCUCCGAGGCUGAACAAUCAAACUUCAGCCCUUCUUUCAUCAGAGUAUGUUGCUAUUCGUGAGGCGGUCAAGAGCAGAGGCGAACAGGCCGGUGGGCGGCGACAUCAAGCUGUGCCUGUCACGGUACGUCAAUUGGAAGCCCUUGUGCGGCUUGCAGAGUCCCUCGCUAAAAUGCGGCUCCAAGCCAGCGUGCAACCUCAAGAUGUCCACGAAGCACUAAGAAUUUUUAAAGUUUCGACAAUGACAGCUGCAUCUACAACGCCACAGACUGCAGGCGCAGAACUGCGCUUUUUAGGAGAUGAUCAGCGUACACAAAUUCAGAACGCUGAGCAGUUUCUCAAGCAACGUGUGCCUGUUGGCGCUGAUGCAAAAACGAUACGUCUACUUGAAGAAGGUAUUGCUCUUGGGCACUGUGACUCUGCGCUCCGACGUGCUCUGAAAAUAAUGAGCAACCGUGCUGAAUUUGCAGAACUCGAGAAAGGGAAGCGACUUCGCCGAUUACGAUAGACAACAAUCAAACUAUUGGUCAAUGGUACGACCACUACAAGCACGCCGUAGCUUGCUACUGGCAGGGCAUGGGAAACCGAAAUGGACUACGCUCGCGUUUUGGCGGCCCCCGUGGACGCGCUUAAGUGCCCCAUAUAGCUAGGAACUACCUCCGAGGUAUCCUAAGUGAGACUUGAGACCAUAUGAGGAACACUACUUGGUCCCGACUAACCUACUGUGCGCUUCGU